CUCACGAGGGAAGGGUCCUAAAUCUGACGGUUGCCAGGCUACUCGCCUAAGCUAGCCUCUUUCAACGCAUCGAAUUUGUACUUGUAUAUUUUAUGAUUUGAUUUUGUCGCUUUAUCAAAUCCAAGUCUGCUUCUGUUUUUUUCCAAGUAACAGAACAUGCGUUUCGUGGUAAAGCGUUGUGGAGUGUGCUUUAGCCCACCGUCUAUAGUGUUGAUUUAUGAAAACAAGGAAAACAACAAAGUGCGAAAACGAGUCAUACCGGUGCGAUACUUCUAUCGAUAUUCUAACUGCAGCCUGGCUGCUGAAAGCCUGAAGAACCACCCCCGGCACAAAGACUACCUGGAAGGUGUGUCCCAAAUGCAGCUGGAGAGGCUUUACGUCAUCUUGCGGGAUCACCUGCAGGGCUUCACGCUAGAGCACAGCCUGGCCUCGCUUCAAGUGGACCCCGACGAAGACCUAAACAAACUGGGCGACGAGGAGCUUGCUCGCAAGAAAAGCCAAAUGGAUGAAGUUUUUGAAAGGAACCGGACUCACAGAGAUGACCCGGACUUUGUUUAUGACCUGGAGGUGGACUUCAGCAAGACAACGAAGGAGAAGUGCAGCUGGGAUGAAGAAUCUGAUGAUGGGUUUUGAUGUUUUCCAUCCCAUUUUCUUUACCACUUGUCCUCAUUAGGAUCACGGCUGAUUUGAAGCCUAUGCCAGCUGACUUUGGCAAAAGGCGUGGUACACCCUGGACUGGGCAUCUGUCAAUCAACUGACACAGAGGAGCAACCAUUCACGCUCAUAUUCAGGCCUAUGGUCAAUUUAGAGUCUCCAAUCAGCACCAGCCUGACAUGUUUUUGGAAUUUAGGAGGAAGCCGGAAUACCCGAAGACAACCCACACACCAAAAGGGAGAACAUGCAAACUCCACAGAGGUGUUCCAACCAUGGUUUAAAAAAAAAAAAAACUUGAAUGUGUCCCCGACCUGAGCUUUAUUUUACACUACAAAGAAAGAAAGCAGCCGAAUGAAUAAUAGAUUAUAUUUAUUUGAUAUCAAAUAUUGAAUAUACAAAAUACUUUAACUUUGGCUCUUUGUCUGUGGCUUACAUGACUUACGUUCACAGUCGAUUAUGGGAGAAGCCAAUUACAUAAAUGUUCAUGUGUGAGAAGUCCAUACAAAAUAUGGCAUAGUUUGAUAUUAAUAUGGAAACCAACUUUGCAGUGUCAAACUUUUGAAUAAAAGGUAAAAUUCAUUAUUAAAAAGUGCUUUUAGUUGACCACGAGUACCACAAUACAUUCAAAAAGGUCAGUUUUUUUUUUGGUUAAAAAGACAAAAAGAUUUGUUUGGUUUAUCCAAUUUUGUUUACAUUAGUGCUGGAGGUAGGUAACAUAAAAAUCUCUUUUUUUUACGGACGUCUAAAAUGCUUCAUUUCUCAGCAGGCUUUUACAGCUUAAAAAAAAACAGCAACUUAUAAAGUCUUAUGAAAUCGACACUUUCAAGUAUCCUAAAGCCGCAAUGCAGGAUUAUGAGUUGUACACGAGUGAAUUUGUAAGCUGUACAAUUAAGCGUGUUGGUGCUCAACAAUCCACAUGGGGCCUUUUUAAACAAGCUUAAUGAGUCACCACUUCUAUGGUGUGCAGCUAUGUAUACAGAAUGAGUUGCUUAUUUUUUCUUCUUGUCUUGAGUGCAUCGUGGACAAAACCUGAGAUGUGAGAGCAAUGGGGGAAGAAAAACACAAAUUUCAAUGUCCAUAAAAUAAUGAGGUAAAGAUGAUGUCAGCACUUUCUCACCAUUUUCCUUUGGGCUUUGUGGCGAGGUCGACGCAGGCAAAGUGAAACCACUCAAUGGGACACUGAAAACACAACAGUUUGAUAUGUGCUUAGGGGAAGCAGAAAAAAAUGAGGCACUUACGUCGGGGUUAUCGCAGCCGAUCAUCUCGCCGUAGGACACCUGAUGACACAGGCAGUAUGUGGGCUCAUUGGGAUCCACUGGCAUGUCCAACACGUCUGACGGCUGCAUGGGCAAGAUGGUUUCGCUCAAGUCUGGGCUGAAAGUCAGACAAUGUAUUGUGUCAGUAACAAAAUGCCUAAUGUUCCUGUCUGAUAACAUGACCCCUAGGAAUUUUUUCUAUGAGGCAAGAUCAGGCAGAAGUGUUUGGAGUUGGUGAUUCCCAGCAAGACACAAUUUGCCGCCAUAUGUUUACGGAUGUGGGGAAAACCACAGUUCAGUGUACAGUUGGAGGACUAUGUUUUCAGUGGGUCUAUCAGAGUUAUUUUAAACAUGGGUGGUACUUUUCUUCUCGUAUUGUCCAUUGAGAUGAUAUAAUAAAGAUUGCCACAGUCACUUUUGUCAAAUACCAUCUAAUGAAAAGGCCGGCAACCAACCUGUUUUUCAUCUUUUUCUUUUUUGGAGAGUCUUCAUCUGAGCCUUUCCUUCCUCUUCCCCUGGAACUGCGCUUCUCUCGAGGGCCGCGGGACUCCGUCUCUGUAGGCAAAACAUUCAUGUUCAGCACACAUCUGCACACUUGAUGCCGUGUCUGUGAUGUUUUCAUGAAGUCUUGCUAUACUUUUGAGUGCUAUUCCUUCGGGGCUAGCAUAGCCGCUCACUUCCAGUUUCUCCUUCAGCUCGUUCUCAAAGCGUGCCAGGUCUGCAUCCAGUCUGCGGAUGUGUUUGUCCACCUUUAUUGACAAAAUGAGCUUGAUUGAUUGAAUGAUAAGGAAUCAACAGCACCUCUGCUGGUUACAGCCCCUCACUUUAAUUGCUGAUGAUGAUUCAUGAAAAAAAUAAUCUCUCACAAUUGGUCAUAAAUCUUUAAGCCCUCAACAGGGUUUCAACUACAUGUAAUUAAUGGUGGUGCAGCUCCAUGACAAAAUAAAAGCCGCCACACCUUAAAAGGUUGAUUUUUGUUUUGUUUUUUUAACUUGAAUAUAUUUUAGGAAUAGAAAUGUGUGCUAUGCUGCAUGGAUACAGAUAUAAAUUAUCGUUUACGCACAUAUUGGCCACAAAAAUGUUUUACCAUGUUUUAUUUUGAUAAACAUGCACCAGAGUCUGCCUUGUUGCCACCAGAUAGAAGUAUGCGACCCAUCUUGUGUUGACAAAUAGUUGAAUGUGAUCGCUCACGUUUCAAUCUCAUUCCACUUUCUGGCAUCUUUGUUUACAUAUUUCACUCCGCUCUGACUGGCUUUCGGGCAAGAGCUAGCUAGCUUGUUGGCUAUCACGUUCAUGGAGUCAAUGUCAACUUAUUUUUUUUCAAAUGUGUUAUUAUUAUUAGGGAAUAAAAUAUACUGU